CGAUCCGGCAUCAGAGAAUACGUUCCACGAAAGCCUUUUUGUACAUCGACACAACCUUCUUCACUUCCCUCUUUCCCAAGCCUUGACCGGUCGAGGACCGACCUUGAUUCACCAAUCUACCCUUCCGCUUUUCAAUAUCACCUUCCAUAUCUACCAUGUCCAUGCCAAAUAACCCCCAAUACGGAGCAGCUAUGUCACCGACUCAGUCUCAGAAUGGCCGCGCUAUCACCCCUAUCACGGAUGGCCCUGAAGUAUGCACUGCUGAAGAGCCUCAACUGUCAAGAGCACCUUCAACUCACCAAGAGCAACCUCUGCCAUUUGAUCUGAUGCAGCCUGGCUUGGGCUGGGAUGUGUUAUCAGCUGGCAGACCAAUGACCGGUGCCCAAGUAUACGGUACCUCAGCCUAUAACACCCAAGGGGGGGCGUACAUGGGUCAAUAUCCCGAUAUCCCAACCGACACUGGCCCCUACGCAGUCCAGCACGCCCACACUUCUUCCGCCAUGCCCUAUCACAGCUUGCGGCCACAGACGGCAUUCGAAAUGGAUGCAGGUACUGAUGCAGGACAAGCAUCUCGCCCUCAGAUGCACUACUUGCCUGAUGGAAACUCCCCCACGCUGCAGGGCCAGCACCACGUCUUCUUACCCAACCAAUCAGCUAUGACUGCUCCUGGGUUCGAGCCCAACAACGUUGAUCACUUCAACGGCUCAUCAUCAUCCGGGCCACAUCCGAGACAAAGCCUCGCCAAUGCUUCGACUUCGUAUCAAAACCCCGACGAGCCAAAUGCCAACCAGAACGGCUGGACGCAGGACCAGGAGGACCUCAUCCGUCGAUGCAAAGACGAAGGAAAGAAAGUAAAGCAGAUUGUCGCCAAGCUGAAGAACACAUUUGGCGUGGUGAGAUCGGGAAACGCCGUGUCGAAGAGAUGGAAGAUCAUCAAACAGCGCUCUAGCAGAGUUGAAUCGAAAAAGGUCAUACAGAACGUCAUGCCAUCCUCAUUUCAACUGUUCAACACAGAGCUAGCCAGAAUUGCCCCUGGAUACCUCUUUGACGCGAGCGGCGGCCAGAAUCAUCAGCACGAUCCGCAAGUCAGCGGGAUCACGCACGAGGUGCAGGAGUACUUCCAGAAAGGGUACACCAAGUUGGUGGAGGAGUGCGUGUUUAUGUGGCAGAGAGGACAGGCUCAGCAGCCUCAGGGACAGGGACAGGGAAGGCACGGAGGUGCGAACCUGUGAGGGGCGGUAGAGGUAUCCUAAGGUACGGUUCUUUUCCAACUUUUUUUUUACAUGCAUGUAAACGGGACAGGAACUGUUUCAUUUUGAUCACUUCCCUUGGGUUCAUGUGGUUUGUGUUUCUUGACCGCGCUGGCAGACGAAUAUUU